CCCCAUGGCCGCCUCCCACUGGUGGCUCAUGGUCGCCCCACGCACCAGGCCUCUCUCCUGCUCCAUGGCGGCCAGCUGACGAGCCCGCAGCCGGUAGCGGAAAUUGGGUUACUGGCCCCGAAGUGCAUGCUGUGCCCCCUGGGCUGGGGGCAGGGGUCUGACAUCAGUGGGGGUCCCCCAACCCGGGAUGGGGGGUAACAGGAGUGAUCAGUGCAGCGCCCCUCGCGCUCUCUCUGUCUCCGUCUGUCCCCUGCAGAUUGCGUGGUGGACAUGGCAGCCGGGGAGCCGCAGGGCGGGGGAGAGCUGGGGGCAGGGCCGGGCCCUGGGGAGCUACGUCUGACCGUGCGAGGCCAGGAGAAGGACUCACAGCUCACACUCAACGUGCCCAGGGCGGAGCCGCUGCACCGGCUGAUGGAGCGCUACCAGGAGGCCAUGGGGCUGGGUGGCCGCCAGCUCCGCUUCUUCUUCGACGGGCAGCGCCUGGCGGGGACCCGCACGCCCGAGCAGCUGGGCAUGGAGCCCGACGACGUCAUUGAGGCCUGGGCCUAGCCCCCUCCCGGGAUGCCCCUGCCCCUGCAUAGCUGGCCAUGGAGCCCGAUGGAGGCCUGGGCCUAGCCCUCCCCCAGCCCCCUCCGCGGGAUGCCUCCCCACAGCUGGGCACGGAGCCGGCUGCUGCUGUCCCUGAGCCCGGGGGAUCCCCCUUCCUACCCCCUGCAGCAGCUGGGCACGGCCCUGCCCCCACCCCCUGCACCUAGGCAUGGCCCGGAGCCUGCCCAUCAUGUCAGCGAGGCCCAGACCCAGACCCAGCCCCGCCGGCCUGUUCUGUAAAUAGGGGACUUUAGGGGCGUUUAUCCCCCGCACUGAGGGGGGCGAAGCUGCUUUUAUGAAAUAAAUGAAUAAAUGAACCGA